GAUCACGCAGUACAUCAUCAUCCCGUCAACGGUAAUAACGGAGGAAACACUCUAUCGUACGUAGAAAUGUUCGAGCCGUCUUCAUCGAACGUUUUGCUGUGGAGAUGCAAGGCUUGCGGAAAGGAGGUGACAAACAGAUGGCAUCACUUCCAUUCUCACACUGCUCAGAGAUCUUUCUGCCCGUAUUGUCCAGCAACGUACAGCCGUAUAGAUACUCUCCGCAGCCACGUCCGCGCGAAACACACGGUUUUUUUAAGUAACAACCAUGUGAUAUAAAAGGAUCCUCAAUUCGAUUUUCCAGUCUUCUGCACUCAAAGGAAAAUCUAACAGACCAAAGUUGAAUAGGAUCUUGUUUAUAAACUGAGAG